AUGCAAGACGCAAAGACGUUAGCAGCGCUAUCCCUUCGCUGCCAGGAGUUGCUGGACGACGGGACAGCGUCUGCACUCCGCAACGCAGUGGACGUAGCUCAGGCUUGCUUGGGCCUCGACAAGACGAAUCUCCAGGGGUUUCUCCUGCUCGCUCGAGCGCUCUCUCGACUGGGCAGACACGAAGACGCUGUGGCUUGGUACAAGAGCGGACUUGAGCUACAUCCUGGGAAUGAAGCGCUUCAGACGGGGCUGAAAGAAGCUCGAGUGGCCGUUUUAAACAAGUUACUCGACCAAAGUGACGAGGAAAGCGAAGGCGAGGCGCUAGUAAGCAAUGAACAGGUGGGCCAAGAAAGUACAAAAGCAGCUUGUGGCGAUCGAUUGUGCGCGACCGAGAGCAGUUUCGCGCGGAGUGGCCAACAAACUCAAACACACCGAGAAUUGACACGUCAAAGUAAAGAGAGAGCAGUGCAAGGCGGGAAAGAAUCACGGUCCAUUUUGUUUCAAUCGAAGAUGGAACGCGUCUUGGCACAUCUUGAUGUCCUGAAGCUGGCGCGACUUGCGGCUGUAUAUGUUUUCUCAGAGCUGUUGAAUCUGCGACGUGUGGCAAUUGGUCUGGGACUCUUCGUUCUUGCAUUACUUGUACAAGCAGUUAUGCAUCGACAGAAGAUCAUGGUGAUAUCGAUGUUAGUGGUGUGUCUCUACCGCACGCAGCUUCGGAAACGUGCCAUACAAUUUGCACAUGAUUGGGUGGAUACGUCUAACGACAAGUUGGGCGCUUUCACGUGGGCUCCGCGGUUUAUUUUUGUAGUCCCAAUGCUCAUGAAGGUGUUUGGACAGUUGAAGUUUAUGCUUUUCUUGCAGCAAGACGUGUGGUUGAUAGGCAUAGUGCUGGCUGUGACAGCGGGGCUCGUAGCCAACUCACUGGGCAGUGUGGCUGGACACCAGGCUAAACUGUGGGGUGAAGGAAGACGACUCAAGCUCGCUGCAUAUUCCACGACGAUCGUCUAUUGGGUUAUAUGGCGUGGCCAUUGGGCUGAUAUGAUUCGACUGCUUGGGCCUGCAGUCAUUGACGCCGCCGGAAUUGUGUUGGGCUCUGUUACGUCAUCCGAGCUGCAGGAAGUAUGUCGGCGCGCGUUGAAUACGCUUUUCAGCGAAGUUGGAAGUGACAUUCAGGCUGAUGUUGAUUUAGAUGCGUGGUUCUUUCUGGGUCUAGGAAAUUGGAUCGUAGAAUACUGGCAACAGCCUACUGACUUUUCGUUAGAAAUGCUGUCGGCGAUGCUGACGGAAUGUUUCGACUCUAUGGAAGUAGCAGCGGUACAUACAUUUAGUCCUGAGCUACGUCGAUUGCGAGAUCAGCUUCGACAUGCGGAAAUUACUGACGAGCUUCAACUGCUGGUAGCUUAUUUGAAGCAAAGCUUUAAAGCCAUCCCGCCCCCAAAGUCGUUUGGCAUGGCAGUAUUGUUUGCGAAAAGAUGUUCAUCAUUUGUAGCUUUCGGCUAUCUCGCCGUAUCAUUUGGAGUCAUUUCACUGCCGUUGGUCCCGUUCGUUGUGUCUGAGUAUCAAGAUGCAAAGUGUCUGUAUGACCGCUAUCGCACAGGAAGACUCCAAGGACACAACGGAUUGGAGCUGAUGUUGCUCGAUUCACCGCUCAUUCAUGUCUGGGACAACGUCAAGGGAUGUAUCUACUGCUUGGAAGGAAGCGUCACGUUCUCCAAGGCGGUUGUGACCGGAACGCACCUUGUGUCAGCAGCCGCGCGGGUCAGUCGAAUGACAGCGUUUGCAUCUCGUGUAAAGAAAGAAGGAGUCUUCGCAAACGCUCACGAGUUUCCAGACCACAUCGCGGAUGCGUUUCUUGUCUCGAAAGAUUCGAGUUUGGUCAUCGAGGGCGUGCGCUACCUCCGCGACAGCGCUCAGCUACAAGACUUGCAAGCUUUGAUGCUUAAAUGGUGGUCAUCGGGACGUGGGAAGAAAGCAUGA